UAUGCAAUAAUCGAUGCACGUAUCCAUAGUAAUGGUGGAAAUGUAUAAAAACCGGAGUAAUUUAUAUUAAACUGUGUGUCCUUAAUUAUUUAUAAUUAAAUAAAAUAAGUAAGGAAACUCGAAAUGUUCAGUAUUAUUUUCAUUCUACUAUUAACCACAUUUUAUAACACAUAUUGUGAAGACUUUGAUAUUGAUACAAAUGGAUAUAUUGUUUAUUGUCCUUGUAUGGGGCGAUUUGGAAAUCAAGCGGAUCACUUUUUAGGUGCUUUAGGAUUUGCGAAAGCACUAAAUCGUACUUUAGUUUUACCACCAUGGGUUGAAUAUAGAACUGGAGAAACAAAAUCUAUACAAGUUUCAUUUGAUAUAUAUUUUAAUGUCUCAAAAGUUCAAAGUUACCAUAAAGCACUAUUAAUGGAGAAUUUUAUGCAAGACAUAGCACCAAAAAUAUGGCAAUCCAAGGAAAGAGUAUCUUUUUGUUAUUCUGCACGUGGAAAAGGAGAUUCAUGCAAUGCCAAAGAUGGAAAUCCAUUUGGUUCAUUUUGGGAUACAUAUAAUAUAGAUUUUGUAAAAUCAGAAUUUUAUGGUCCUUUACAUUAUGAUGUUCAUCAUACAGACAUGGCAGUACAAUGGAAAAAACAAUAUCCUGCAUUACAUUGGCCAGUAUUAGCAUUCACAGGUGCACCUGCUAGUUUUCCUGUACAAUUGGAAAAUAAAAAAUUACACAAGUAUGUUGAAUGGAAUACAAACAUGCUUAAUAAAGCCAUAGCAUUUAUAAAACAAAAAUUACCAAGGGGAGCAUUUGUAGGAAUUCAUCUACGUAAUGGAAUUGAUUGGGUUCGUGCUUGUGAAUUUAUAUCCAGCACACCAAAUCUCUUUGCUGCUCCACAAUGCCUUGGAUAUCGUAACGAACGUGGAAAAGCAACUUCUGCUAUGUGUCUACCAUCAUUUGAUUUAAUAGUACGUCAUCUAAAACGGGUUAUUCGUAAUGGUAAUGACAUCAAAUCAGUAUUUGUAGCAUCAGAUAAUAACUAUAUGAUCGAGGAACUUACUAAAGCCUUAGCACGGAUGGAAGUUCCAGUUUUUAAACAAGAUUCACCUGCAUCGCCUCAUUUAGAUUUAGCUAUUCUUGGAAGAGCAAAUUAUUUUAUAGGAAACUGUAUAUCGUCAUUCUCAGCUUUUGUCGCAAGAGAAAGGGAAAUUAAAGGGUAUCCCACAUUUUUUUGGGGUUUCCCCUCAGAGAGGUCUUCAUCUUCUAUCACACAUGAAGAAUUGUAGCAACAUAAUUUUUAACUAGGUCCGUUUGUUUUUUUUAAUUUUUCCUUCAUCUAUAAUUAAUAAAAGCUGGACCCAUUUAAAUUA